GUGAAAAAUAAAAAAAUAAUAAAGCAAAGAAAGGUUUUAAAAACUUUAUUUAUUCGCUCUUCUCCCAGAAACAUUCCGUUUCAGAUAUUUUUGAUUUUUGAAUUUGUGUUUCGCUCUCUCUCUCUCUAUCUCUAUCUAUCAGCUUUCGAUUAGAUCUGAUUCUGUGUGUAUACGACGGAGAAGAAGAGUUAACCGUCUCCGUUUCAAAAAUGCCGGCGACUGAUUCUGAGUACGAUGCCAAAGUUUUAUCUCAGUCUACGACGGGGGAUAACACGUUUGCGAAUGUGGAUAAUUUGGAGCAUUGUACGAAGUAUUUGAAUCAGACGAUGGUUACAUUUGGAUUUCCCGCCUCGCUUGAUCUCUUUUCCAAUGAUCCGGUUUCUAUCUCAAGGACUUGCAAUUGUAUGUACUCGUUGCUGCAGCAGCGACAACGUGAUAUAGAGUUUAGAGACUCUGCUAAUGAGCUGAGACAGAGACAACAAUCGGAUAUAGCUAGACUUGAAGCUAAAGUUGAGAGGCUUGAAUCGCAACUUCACCAGAAGGACAGGGAAAUCGCUACAAUUACCAGAACCGAAGCAAAAAACACAGCGGCGUUAAAAUCCCAGAUUGAAAAGCUACAGCAGGAGAGGGAUGAAUUCCAAAGGAUGGUGAUUGGUAACCAGCAAGUCAAAGCUCAACAGAUUCACGAAAUGAAGAAAAAGGAAAAGGACUACAUUAAGUUGCAGGAACGGCUGAAUCAAGUAUUGAUGGAGAAAAAGAAAGAAUCUAGAUCAGGAAUGGAGAUUAUGAAUCUACUACAGAAAGAAGGGAGGCAGCGUGGGACCUGGAAUGGCAAGAAGACUGAUACUGAUUUCUACAAAAAGAUAGUGGAUGCGUAUGAAGCGAAAAAUCAAGAAUUAAUGGCUGAGAACACUAAUCUAAGAGCAUUACUACGAUCCAUGCAGACGGAUAUGCGUGAUUUCCUAAAUGCUCCAAACGGGUCAGCUAAUCCUUCAUUGGCUGGCAGUGACAAACGUGAGGUUGACACUUCACAAUCUCCACUGGGUGGGAAGACGGACGUCUUUGAUCUGCCUUUCCGGAUGGGUAGAGGUCAUAUAGAAGAAAGUUUGCGCACUAAGAUGGCUUCUAUAAAGGAACGCAUGGUCCAGUUACAAGAUGAACCUAAAGGAGCAUCUGUUACAUCUGAAGCAACAGAGAGAGAGCUUGAACUCGAAGCUCAGCUUGUUGAGGCAAGGAGUAUAAUCCAAGAACAGGAGUCCAUAAUGUCGAAACAUCUCCCUAAAUCAGAGCAGCGAAGGAAAUCCGUAGUUCCACUGGCAGCUGAGGGAGUAUGAAGAUGCCUAAAAACUCAAAAGCAAUGGAUCCAAGUUAAGGUAUGUUGCUAAAAGAUUUGUCGCAAAAUGUAGUCUUAGUAGUACUUUCCAGUCACCAAACCUCUCCUUCGAUAUCGAAGCUAUGUAUAUUCAAGUUUUUAGUUGUGUCAAAUCAGAGAUCCUGUCUCCUUUUUGGAGAUAAAAAAUCUUAUUAUAAAUGAUCAAGGCUUAAUGAUGGGUUGUUUA